UUCCUGCCUUCCUUGCCCUCUCUCUGGUACGCUCAGUUACUUCCUCCAACAAUACUCCGUUUCCCAGAGUGCUGCUCGGGGUGGCAUGGCGGACAGCAAUGACUGCGGAGUUUGAUGAAGAAGUGGUAUUUGAGAAUUCACCACUCUUCCAGUACCUGCAGGAUUUGGGGCAGACAGAUUUUGAGAUAUGUCCUCUGUUAAAGGAAGAGGAACGUAUGGCAGAGAAUGGCCAUGGACUGCGUGUCCAUACCACAGAAAAGAAAAGCAUCAUUUCAAGGACAGUUGAAUUAUUGAAAAGUUGGAACCCAUUUUUUUCAAAAAAGAAAAAAGAUGAAAAAAUUCACUUACUGGAAAUUGGGUUCCGACUUGAAAGCCUGCGCACCAUCCUACAACAGGAAGUCCUGAUACAGGAGGAUGUGGAGCUGAUUGAGUUGCUUGACCCAGGGAUCCUGUCUGCUGGUCAGACCCAGAAUCAACAGAAUGGCCACCUUCCUACGCUCUGGUCCAUAGCAGCUCCAAAUAUUUGGGAAACGUCCAUGUUAUUUGCUUUUCUUAGUGCACUGGCUGCUUUGCAGUCCUGGUCCAUUUCAUCCUCACUUAUAUGGGGACCAAGCUUCAUCCUCUUUGCUGCCUUUACUGUCCUGAGAGCUCUCCAUACCUGGCGCUCAGCUAGAUUCCGGAUGAUCCUGAGAAAAUACUGCAGCCAAGUAGAAGGCACAGUAGCGAAUAGCCGAACCUUCACUAACCUUGUGAGAAAAGCCCUGCGCCUCAUUCAGGAAACAGAAGUUAUUUCUCGAGGAUUCACCCUUUUGCUUGACAGGGUCAGUGCUGCUUGUCCAUAUGGUAAAGCUGGGAAACAUGCCAGUCAGCACCUCUUAGGCUUACGCAAAACAGUCUACCGGACCGUCAGAACCAACUUUAGAAUUUCUAGGCUUGCCACUCUGUACAUGCUGAAACAUUAUCCCCUAAACUCUGAGAUAGACAAUGUCACCAAUUACAUCUGUGUCGUUCCCUUGAAAGACCUGGGUUUGGGAUUGUGUGAGGAGCAUGUGUCCGAGGAGGAUGCCCAUAAUUUAACAGAUGCUUUCAGUCUUCCUGCUUUGAAGGUCCUGUUCCAGCUUUGGAUUGGGCAGAGUUCAGAGUUUUUUCGUCGUUUGGCUCUGCUGCUCUCUCCAGAAAAUGCAUCUCCGGGCCCUUCAAUUAGCCCAGAGCAACUUGCUCAUUUUAUUUGGUCUGAUGUGGUACAGGAUCUACCUCAUACUCAGGCUACAUGCUUGGCUGAACUGAAGCGCAGUUACGAGUUUUAUCGCUACUUUGAAACUCAACACCAGUCUGGCUUGGAACACACUGCUAAGAGGAAGAAGGAGGUUUGGGAGCUGAGCAACCUUCAUGGAGCCGUACGCAGUUUGCAGCUUCACCUGAAGUCUCUGCUUAACGAGGUGAUGGUUCUGGAGGAUGAAUUAGAAAAACUUGCCUCCUGUAAGGAAAUGCAAGCGAUGCCACAAGAAGCCUCACUAAUGCUGGAAGAGAAGCUGAGGAUUAUUCAGCCCCAUGUGCAGGCCAGUAACACCUGCUGGGAAGACGCCUUAUGCCAAGUAGAAAGGAUGGUCCGAAGGCCAACCGCAAAGAAAGAUACUGGAAAAUCUUCUUGUGAAAAUUUGAAUUGCCCUGUGGUGUCUAAUGUGCAUCCAGCACUGUGCAUCGAGGACAGAGAUCCUGUACCAGAAGAGCAGAUAUUGGAGGCUUAUGCGGAAGAGGCGCUCACAGAUCCGGAGUUCAAUAGUGAAGCUAUAUACUUGUUUUCUCCUGAAGAAAGAGAGAGACAGAAGCGUGAGCGGGACGAGUCCAAGAGAGUUCUGCAAGAACUAAAGGCUGUAUUAGGACUAAAGGCAUCUGAGGCAGAGAGGCAAAAAUGGAAGCAGCUGCUGUUUAGUGAACAUGCUGUAAUCACACCUUUGUUGCCUGAAGAGCCAGUGGGAGAAUUUGAACCUCCUCCGUCUAUAUAUCCUGAGGACCCUUACAAAAAUCUGGGCUUUUAUGGGGAAAUUACAAGUGAGAUAAAUGGAAUUGAACAUGUUAAAGAUGCACCUAUUCAAGGAAACCUUCAAAUGACUAUGAAUUACGAGGAUGAGGCAAAAAUAUGCCCCGUGUCAGAGGAAGUUGAACCAGCAAGUGGUAAAGAAGAAGGUGAAACUCCAUGCCCGGCCCCCAGAACUGUAUUGCCCCCGGCCAUUAAAGAGAGGCUUGCCCGAAUCCACCAGUCAUCAGAUGUGAAUUUUACCUCUAGACUGGCAGCACAAGUGGCUGCACGAUCUCUCACAUUCACUUUCCUGCAGGAGCAGACUUUUGGGGAUGAAUGGGAUGAUGAUGAAGAUGACGAUGAUCAGGUUAACAAUGUUGAUGGUCAUGAAAAAGGUAGUUCACAGCUUGAAGAGUAGAUUUGUAUGGCCAAAGAAAGGAGAGAUAUAAAGUCCACUUGUAUGGCAAGACCGCAGGAAAUUGUAGGUGAUCAGUUGCCUGGGCACAUGGUUAUAUUACAUUCACUGAGUCUGAAUAGUCUGUAACAUAUUCUGCAGUGUCCAAGCAGCUACAGUGAAAUGCACUUGCAGUGUUUACAGAUGCCGUGUCAGCAUUACUGGCCAGCAGCGCAAUGUGAGUCCCAGUGGAACUAGAAGAACCUAGAGUUCUUAAUUACUAAAAUUGCAACGAUCACUGAUAUACAACUCCUACAGUACAACUGCAUACAUCACUUCAAUGUUAUUUUAAUAUUUAAUUCUAUUUAUUCAUUUUUUUGUUAAUAUAAUGUCUUUUUUCUGUGUUGUCUUGUUUUCUGUCAAGAGACAAACGUACCCUGGGGGUCAUUGGCUAACACAAGUACAGGUAUGGUAUUUGUUAUCCAGAAAGCUCCAAAUUAGGAAAGGCUACCUAUAUUUUACUUUUUCUCCAUAAUAAUAAAACAGUACCUUAUUUUAGAUAUAAUUAAGCCUUAUUGGCGGCAAAACAAUUCUAUUGGAAUUAUUUCAUGUUUAAAUACAUUUUUAGUACACUAAAGGGCCUGUUUAUCAUGCUGUGUAAAACAUUGACGAAAAACAUCACCGGUGAUGUUGCCGAUAGCAACUUGUAGGUGACUGUUGAAAUCUAACCACUGAUUGGUUGCACCUUGGCGCAGGGUAUCGGAGUUCACGGGUACCGUUUUCUUCUCUUCGGUAAUCUUCGGGAAUAGAGCAGCGCAAUGGCACAAUUAGCUGUUUCGCGACAACUGCGCAUGCUCCGAAAGUCACGGAAAAUGCUGAAGCGCCGGAAGAAGACCUGAAGAUUACCGAAUCGUCUGAAAAUGGCGCCCGUGAAUUCCGAUGCCCUAAAUCUGAACAAAGGGGUAAUUAAAGAGAUAGGGGCAUUUACCAAAGGUACCACCUAGGCUGGGGGGGAACAGGGAGGGGGUCUAUGGGGGGUAGGGAUUUUUAUUAGCAAGGGUUUGGUUCUCCUUUAAUGUAUGAUGGUCCAAAUUAUGGAGAGACCCCUUAUCUGAAAAACCUUUAGGUACCAAGCAUUCGGGAUAACAGGUCCAAUACCUGUACUAACUUAUACCAGUGCAGUUACAAAUAGGAAACGGUAAGCAUUUCGUUGUAAGAAGAUCAGUGCAAGGAUUUGUGACUAUAUUUCUUAUACCUAACAAGCCUAGAAUGUAAUUUUUUAAUAAAACCUACAACAUAUUUUGCGAUGAGUCCCAUUUUAUUCGAGAUAUAAAUAUUCCUUAUAUAGUAAAUAGAAAUUUCAUAAAGAAACAGAGUUUAGUAUGAGUGGCUCUCUAUAGCUCCAGGUACCAUCGCUGAAUGGUGAACUUCCAUAUCAUUUUAUUAAUCCUUUAUUAUGGUUACAAAGGAUAACUGUCAGAGAUACUAUACAUGCAAAAAGGGGCAAAGGUCCUGCGUAAAGUUUAUGUUAGAACGUCACCGGUGCAGUUGUUGCGCUGUCUUCUGUUAGAUGGAACUCUAGAUAAUAAUAUGGAAUGAUAGAGGAUGAAAUACUGAGUGAACUGAACAAGAGUCAAACACUUUGCUGCAGGAAGCAGUAGUUGUGGCAUCAGUUCUGAUAAACCGUGGUUAAGAGCAGAUGAUUUCUGUUGCAUGUAACACAUUAGUCCCUCAUUAUCACUCACCCACCCACACAACUGAAUUCUUGCUUUAAAAACAUCCCAUUAUCUAGCUGGAGAGAGAAUGCCUAAAACAAAAGGGAAGUGCUGAGGAAUUGGAAAACGAAUGCGGCUACAUGUUCUAUAAUUAAUUCAUUUGGCGGAACUGGAGUGACUAUGACAGGAAAGAGCAUUUAAAGUAAAUAUCUUCAAGUAUCUUUUGUCAUCUUUCUGACGUGUAAUUCCUCGCAAUAAAGGCAUAUUUUAUUCAUGA